ACCUGCAAAAUAAAUAGAUAAAUAAAUAAAUCCGCUUCCGGAAGUGACGUCCAUUCCUCUUCGUCCUCUCCAGCAGAAAUGGCAGCUGUUGACAUCGACGUGCUGAUAGAAACAGACCCCGAAAUUCGCGACCAGGACGACCUGGAGCGUGAGGCUGAAGGCUUCAAAGAGAAAGGAAAUGCACUCUACAGCAGGAAAGAUUACUCUGAGGCCUUCAACUAUUACACUAAGGCCAUCGACACUUGCCCCAAAAAUGCAAGUUAUUAUGGCAACAGGGCAGCCACCCUCAUGAUGCUCUCUCGCUUCCGAGAGGCUCUUGAAGAUUCCCAGCAGGCUGUGCGCCUGGAUGACUGUUUCAUGAAGGGUCAUCUACGUGAGGGUAAGUGCCACCUCUCGUUGGGAAAUGCCAUGGCGGCCAAUCGCUGCUUUCAGAAGGUUCUCGAGAUUGAGCCCAGCAACAGAGAGGCCCAGCAGGAGAAUAACAACGCCUCGACUCUACUGGAGUAUGAGCGAAUGGCGGACUUCGGCUUUGAAAAGCGGGACUUCCGAAAGGUGGUGUACUGUAUGGACCGGGCCUUAGCAGUGGCUUCUGCCUGCCAUCGCUUCAAAAUCCUCAAGGCUGAGUGUCUGGCUCUGCUGGGGCGCUAUCCAGAAGCUCAGUCUGUAGCCAGUGAUAUUCUGCGGAUGGAUUCCACAAAUGCAGACGCGCUGUAUGUUCGAGGUCUGUGUCUGUACUACGAGGACUGCAUCGAUAAGGCUGUUCAGUUCUUUGUCCAGGCUCUGCGCAUGGCACCUGAUCAUGAAAAGGCCCGGUUAGCUUGCAGGAAUGCCAAAGCCUUGAAGGCCAAGAAGGAUGAGGGCAAUCAAGCGUUCAAGAUCAACAACUUUGAGGCUGCCUAUCAAUUGUAUACUGAGGCCCUGAUGAUAGACCCCAACAAUAUCAAGACUAAUGCUAAACUUUACUGCAACAGAGCCACAGCAGGAGCAAAGCUGAAGAAAUUAAAUCAAGCCAUCGAGGACUGCUCCAGCGCGAUCAAACUAGAUGACACUUACAUCAAGGCCUACUUAAGAAGAGCACAGUGUUACAUGGACACAGAGCUGUACGAAGAGGCCGUACGGGACUAUGAAAAAGUUUACCAGACAGAAAAAACAUCAGAUCACAAGCAACUGCUGAAGAUGGCACAGCUGCAGCUGAAGAAAAGCAAGAGGAAAGAUUACUACAAGGUGCUUGGAGUUGGCAAGAACGCCACCGAGGACGAGAUCAAAAAAGCCUAUCGCAAACGAGCCCUCAUGCACCACCCAGACCGCCACAGUGCGGCGACUCAAGAGGUGCAGAAGGAGGAGGAGAAGAAGUUCAAGGAGGUGGGCGAAGCCUUCACCGUGCUCUCCGACCCAAAGAAGAAGGUCCGCUAUGACAAUGGACAUGACCUGGAUGACGACAGCGGCAUGGAUGGUGGAGAUUUUGAUGCGAACAACAUCUUCAGGGCUUUCUUUGGUGGCCAUGGUGGAGGAUUUAGCUUUGAUUCCAGCCCAGAAACUGCACCUGGAAAUUUCUUCUUCCAAUUUGGCUAAAACAAAGGCGCAUGUAAGAAACUGCAGCCCUGCCGAGGACAAAAUCAAGUUGGACCCACAGUGUCUGGCAAAAUCCCCCAACCAUUCUUUUUUUUUUUUUUAUCAAAAGAGAUCUCUGAUUAUCGCAUUCACUAAAUUUACAUUGACGCUUACCAAUCAUCAGGAAUGAUAAUUCGGAGGCUGUAGAUAAUGGAUUAACAAUGAAGAAAAAGGGAUUAACCUUUUUUUAAAUAGGCUUGGAUCUGCUGAUUGAAAAAGUCACUUUUGCCAAAAUCCUGUUAAUUGAAAUGUAAUCUUGUAAAGCCACCUCAAACUUCCUGAAGAUGAUAAGUAGUAAGGAAUGCUGUAGAAAUAAAAUCGUCUUGGUUGAUGAUUUUUUUUUUUUUUUUUUUAGAAAACAUAACAUGGUAUACAUUUUUAAGUUUCUACUGGGUCAUCAGGUCUUUAUUGAGCCACAGUCAAUGUACAGUAGGAGUUCAAUGUCAAAACUGACCUCAGGACACUGUUAAGGAAAACACUGCUCUUUUGUGACUGUGUCCCGGUUUUAUUGGCUCACUUGCCAAACAUAGAAUCAACUUGCUGGGUUUUUGUUUCUUCACCCCUUUGCAUUGUAUAUUUGACUUGAAUGUAAAGCUUUUUGUGUCUUUUAAUUUCUUUUCUUCUUCAGUCUUCCCUUGGUCUAUUUAUAUUUAUUGUACUGUGUAUUCUAAACUGUAUGCAGCAGAAUGCCAUCGUCUUCCUCCUUUUGUAAGACACAUUUGUAAAUGUUUCCACAUCAUCCUCACUCUCAGACUAUAAGUAGUUUUUUUUCUCUUCAGAAAUGGGCCAAAAUCAGCAUACAUGCACCUACAGUUUUUCUUCUGUUGAAAGCACCGAUUACGCAUCAUCUGUUCGACUGUCCCAUUCAAACUCAAGUGGUGCCUUACCAGAAUGAGCAUAUCUGUUUGUGAAACCUGCUUCAGAAGCAGUAGAGCAGGCCACAUCCUAUUUGCAUAUGACAACAGUCACACUUGUAUAGCAGGCUGCUCUUUCGUAAGAAAACCUUUUUUUCUCAUCUGGCCAGUAAAUUGAAUUUAAAAGUAAAUUCUUCAACCUGUCAUGUUGCCGUCACCAUCACACCCAGCUGCCAUCCACCUAAACUUGUCCUGCACGUUCAGUCAGUGCAGCCCUUCCCCUACUCGUUGCACCUGUUUAAAGUGGCACUGAUAGUAGGUCGGAACCCUCUGUUAUUGUUUUUUUCUCAUCUGUGUAUCAUUUAAAAAAGACUUCUCACAGUGUUAACAGGACAUGCUUUUAUUUUUGCAUAAAUAAAGGCUCGUCUUUUACUGUAA